GACCAGUAUGUCUGUCCGGUUUAGCUCCCAGACCUUCAGCUCUCGCUCUGCAGCCUUCCCUCGAAGGGGAGGCCAGCGGCUGAUGAGCUCAGUGUCCUCCAGGGGCAGCUCAGCCAGCCAGAUGGGGGGCUUCGGAAGCAGCAGUCUCUAUGGUCUGGGUUCUGGGAGGACCCGAGUAUCUGUGGGAUUCCCCUCUGCCUAUGGAGGGGCCUCAGGAGGAGGCUUUGGAGCCAGAGGGGCUGGCAUCCAUGAGGUGACCAUCAAUCAGAACCUGCUGGCCCCACUCAAUUUAGAGAUCGACCCCCAGAUCCAGCAGGUGCGCAAGGAGGAACGAGAGCAGAUAAAGACCCUUAACAACAAGUUUGCCUCCUUCAUUGACAAGGUACGCUUCCUGGAGCAGCAGAACAAGAUGCUGGAGACCAAGUGGAGGCUCCUCCAAGAUCAGAAGUCCUCCAAAGGCAGCUGCCUUCCAUCCAUCUUUGAAGCCCAGAUUGCCAACCUGAGGCGGCAGCUGGACGGACUUGAGGGAGACCGGGGUCGCCUGGAGGGGGAGCUGAAGAACAUGCAGGAUGUGGUGGAGGACUUCAAGAAUAAGUAUGAAGAUGAAAUCAAUAAGCGUACAGCUGCUGAGAAUGAAUUUGUGGUGUUGAAGAAGGAUGUGGACAGUGCCUACAUGAACAAGGUAGAACUUGAGGCCAAGGUGGAUGGCCUGACUGAUGAGAUCAAUUUCCUGAGAGCACUUCAUGAAAUGGAGCUGAAUGAGCUGCAGACCCAGAUCUCAGACACUUCUGUGGUGCUCUCCAUGGACAAUAGUCGUAACCUGGACCUGGACAGUAUCAUUGCUGAUGUCAAAGCUCAGUAUGAGGAGGUUGCCAACCGCAGCCGGGCUGAAGCUGAAUCCUGGUACCAGACUAAGUUUGAGACUCUCCAGGCGCAGGCUGGGAAACAUGGUGAAGACCUUCGAAGCACACGGAGUGAAAUCGCUGAGAUGAAUAGAGCCAUCCAGAGGCUGCAGGCUGAGAUCGACAAUGUCAAGAACCAGCGUGCCAAACUGGAGGCCUCCAUCGCGGAGGCUGAGGAACGUGGGGAGCUGGCUCUCAAGGAUGCCCGGGCCAAGCAGGAGGAGCUGGAGGCUGCCCUGCAAAGGAGCAAGCAGGAAAGGGCCCGGCAGCUGCGUGAGUACCAGGAUCUGCUCAAUGUCAAGCUGGCCCUGGACAUCGAGAUCGCCACCUAUCGGAAGCUGCUGGAGGGCGAAGAGAGCAGGUUGGCUGGAGAUGGAGUUGGAGCUGUCAAUAUCUCCGUGAUGAAUUCAGUUGGAGGAAGUUUAGGCAGUGGCAUGAGCUUUGGCGGAACAAUGGGCAGCAAUGCCCUUGGUUUCUCCAGUGGAGCUGGAUCUGGGACCUUGAAGAAUUAUUCUAUCAGAACCACGUCUUCCACCCGGAGGAGCAUCCGGAACUGAGCUAAGGAGCGACUGAGGCUUGAGUAAAGAGAAAUGGCAAUGAAGAAGAGAGAGAGAUUCCCCUUGUACCCUAGUUCACCCUUUGAUCUGCCUCCUCUCUCUGGAGCUACAGUGAGGAAAGAGAUAUGGAGAAGCCGGAUCUGUAGAUGGUUUUUUUUCCUUGUUCCUUGCCCACCCCACCCCAACCCCAUUUUCCUUCACCACUAUAUAACAGAUGAGAAAGUAGAGAUUACUGUGUCUUGGGGCCUAUGGGGAGUAUUUGAAAAAAACUCUUAAUAAAAUUGUUCUGCUCAG